GUUGUGCAACCCGUGUGUGACCUGAACCGCUUCACCUGUGCGACUCCCGGAACUGGACCUGAUGUAAUGGAGCGGGACCAGGAGUGGAGCGUGUCGCUGGCGGGCUGCGGCUUCAGGAGCGUGUACCUGGUGGGGGCGCUGAGCUGCCUCCUGGAGAGGGUCCCUGGCCUCGUCCACGGAGCGGCCAGGAUCUGCGGAGCCUCGUCCGGAUGUCUGGUGGCCGCGGCUCUGGUGGUGGGGAUCCCCCUCGAGGAGCUGUGCGCUGACAUCCUGGCGGUGGCGGCGGACGCCAGGGGUCACUGCCUCGGGGUCUUCCACCCGUCCUUCAGCCUGCUGCGGAGCCUCCGUCACUCGCUGCUGCAGAAGCUUCCGGCCGACGCUCACCUGCGAGCCUCGGGUCGGCUGUGCGUGUCGCUCACCCGGAUGCGGGACGGGAGGAACGUCCUGGUGUCGGAGUUCGCCAGCAGGGACGAGCUCAUCCAGGUGCUGAUGUGCAGCUGCUUCUUCCCGGUGUACUGCGGCUACAUCCCGCCGUCCUACCGCGGAGAGCUCUACCUGGACGGAGCUCUGAGCAACAACAUGCCCAUGGUGGAUCGGAGGAACACCGUCACCAUCGCUCCGUUCUCCGGGGAGAGCGACAUCUGUCCCCGCGAGGGAACCUUCAACUUCUUCGAGGCCAACUACGGCAACGUCAGCAUCCAGGUCAACACGGGCAACGUGCACCGGGUCUGCACCUCCUUCCUGCCGCCCACACUGCAGAAACUGGCGGAGAUCUGCGACAACGGCUACCGGGACGCUCUGCGCUUCCUGACAGACACAGGGCUGCUGCCUUCUCCUGGUACUCCUCCCGUGUCGGACACACUAGGGUCCAGCUGUUGUGGUUCUGGACUCGACUCACUCGCGAGUCCAGAACCGGAGGAUGGACUCGAUCGUCACCCGUGGCUGCCGAGGAGAACCAUCGCGAGUCUUCCGGCUGAAUUAAAAACCGUCCUGUGUGCGGCCUGCAGGGGGAGUCAUGAGGCCAGAAGUCGCUGGUCUGGACUUGAGGAUUUCCUCCUGGUCAAAGCGCUUCUGCUGCUGCUGAGCCCCGUGGCGCUGAUCCUGGAUCUGAUCGUCGACCUCACGGUCUUCGUCACUCAGAGCGUCCUGUCGUCCUGCUGGAGCGGCCACCAGAGGGAGACACCCUGUGGCUCUGCAGAGUUCCCAUCCGAAUCUCCAACAAUGACCCACCGCCGACCUCUGACCUCAGUCGCCGCGUGUAGCAGAAAGGUGGAGCUGCUGUUGACCGCGACCCCCGUCUCAUCAGUUCGAGCGAACUUCAGAACCGGGCGCAGGCAUCGCCUUGCCUGCUGAGCAGAACCAGGCCGGUCCGGAACACGCAGCGGUUAUAACUUCACUGUCCGGCACCUAUGGAGAACUUCAACAAGGCUUUUCGGUCACUGGUUGCUCACAGUGGGCCUCACUCCUGAAGAACUUUCCCGUGGCAUCACACCACAGGUCCUUGUAUUUCUGAACAGUCUGUCAGAGCUGGUGACGUGGCACGUGCCAAUCUCCAGGAGCCGUUUUAAGACUUGACCCGACGUGGAAAAAGAGCCUUUGUGAGGACUCAGCAGAGACAUUCAGUCCCACCUGGCUGGUGCCACGGUGGCACCAAAGCCUGCUGGAAGCUGGCAUAGCAACCAGAGCAUCGCCAGGAUGACGUUGCAAAUAAAACAUUUGUGUCAUCAGUCAAACUGGCCACGGAGCAUGCAAGUACAUCCUCACAUUACUUUGUAGUGAAUAUGAAAACAUGUUGACAAAGUACAUGAAGUCGGGAACGGCAUGUGGUCCGGCAUCACCGAUGUUUGUUGGGUGAAAGACAGAGAGAAACAUUGGGCAAAUAUUUAUAAAAGUGUCAUCACAAUUGUUUAAUUCACCCAAAAUUCUUUGUGAUUUUCAUUGACAUAAAAAAUCUAAAAUUCCUAAAACAUAAUAAAAAUACAAGAGUUCAUGCCGUCGUCGACCAGACCGAGGAGCCAUGUGCCGCACCAUCACUCUGAAAUGUGUUUCCAGCACUGGUGAGGGCCUCAGAGAGCUAUGAAGGAAUGUGGUCACAAUCUGUGCCGCUGCUACUGAGGUGAUGAGGGACGCGACAUGGAGAGGAGGAGGGAGACGGACUUGCUGUGGUGACCAAUGCCCAAAGA